AUGAACCAGUUGCGGGCCGUGGUGGAAUUGUGCAAGUUGUCUCGGCUGCUGUGUGACUUGGUGGGCAGCAAGGUCUGGGGGGUGGGCGAGGCGCUGGACGUGGAGGUUAAGACGCUGAGUUACCCCCAGCUGUGCGUCGUGGGCAGGUUGUUUGUGGGCGUACUCUUAACGCUUGUAGCCCACGCCUCUGCCAGCCUCCCGUCGGAAGCCGAGGUGGACCAACUGGUUGUGCGCAGCGCCAUCCCACUACUCAAACAACGCCUCGUCGGCCUCGAACGCCUGCAUCAGACCGACCUGCAUCACGCGGAGCUCUUCCGCACCGUACGGGACGCCCUCCUCACAGACGACGGUCUCGAGGAACUCCGUAGCGCCACCUUCAAAUUCGCCAAAAUAUACAACCUCUUCCUGACGUCCUACAAGCAAAAGAUGCAGGAACUCAUUACCUUCGCCACCAUCGACCCAGACGCUACCACGCCCAAAAGCAAGCCUUUGCUCGAACGUGCAAUCGAUCUCAAACGCAACCUCGAACGGAUCGGAGACAUCGACAACGCACCCGACGCCGUAACCCUGCCAGCCUGCCCCAGCUAG